CACAAUUUCCUGGCUGAGGAACCCAGGCUAAUACUUAUACAGAGCAAGCACUGACUGCCCUAGAGGCUGACGGACCGGCAAGGAUGGCAACCUGAGCGGACUCACCCUUCAUUCCCCAGUCUCCCGGUGCGAUGCCAGCAAGAGGCUGAAAGGAAACCCGGCGCUCUGCAGAGCGACACUCUCUCUUCCCGGCCCCGAUGUCGGCAGUGGUCCCAGGGGCCAGGAGGAUGGAGCCAAGCUUGCUGAUGUGGAGGUUCUUCGUAUUCAUCGUGGUACCUGGCUGCGUGACAGAGGCUUGUUAUGAUGACCCUCCGAGACUCAGAAACGCCAUGUUCAAGGCCCUCAGGUACGAGGUGGGCACCAUGAUAAACUGCGACUGCAAGGCCGGCUUCCGCAGGGUGUCGGCCGUCAUGCGCUGCGUGGGGGACUCCAGCCACUCUGCCUGGAACAACAGAUGCUUCUGCAACAGCACCUCCCCUGCUAAGAACCCAGUAAAACCAGUUACUCCUGGAUCCGAAGAACAGAGGGAGAGAAAACCCACAGAUGCACAGAGCCAAACGCAGCCUCCGGAGCAAGCUGACCUUCCAGGUCACUGCGAGGAACCACCGCCAUGGGAACAUGAACGUGAACCUUUGAAGAGAGUCUAUCAUUUCACGCUGGGGCAGACGGUUCACUACCAGUGUGCCCAGGGAUUCAGGGCCCUACACACCGGUCCUGCUGAAAGCACCUGCACGAUUAUCCACGGGGAGAUGAGGUGGACCAGGCCCAGGCUCAAGUGCAUAAGUGAAGGGGCGAACAGUCAGGCUCCAGAUGAAGCAGAGCCUCCGGAGAGCACGGAAGCUCCACCUGGGAGUGGAACUUUCUUAACAACCAGGACGGCAGGGACCACAGAUUUCCAGAAGCCCACACGCGUGGUUGCAACGCUGGAUACGUUCAUAUUUACCACUGAGUACCAGAUCGCAGUGGCCGGCUGCAUCCUCCUGCUCUCCAGCGUCCUCCUCCUGAGCUGCCUCACGUGGCAGCGGAGAUGGAAGAAGAACAGAAGGACAAUCUAGAAAACCAAGGGCCAGCAGAAGUCAAGAACAGCCCACAGAUGUCACGGACCACAAUCAAAAUCAAAGAAGCUAAACACUCAUCCAAGAGGCAUCUCCUGAUCCGGUGGGCUCUGGAAAGCUCUGAAGUCACGUAACAGAACACUGGGCAACUGCAGCCCCAUCGUGAAGCCAGCUCUGUAGUAUCAACCCUUGAGGCUGACCCGUGUCUAGGCAGCAAGUCCAAGGUCGCUGAAGGAACAGGGAGAGGCAACCAGAACUCUUUCUCCUGUUUUUAUGUAUAUGUGAUCACUAGACCACAAGUAGCCUGGAGCUCUCUCCACACCAUGUGGAGUGUAAAGAAGAGUAGUUUCAUGCUAAGAGCAUCCCAACUUCCCAGGUUAGAAAUCCCAAGGAAAGCCCUAGCACUGAUGUAAAUAGACACACGUGAUCUCUGCCCGGGUGAGUGGACUUUGUCCCCGGAUCCACAUAAGUCUUUUCCAAGCCUCUGGUUGACCAGCCCACUCUCCUGUUCAUAUGCCCCCAAAGGAAUCCUUUUGACCCUAGCCCAGUCCUCCAAGUUAGCGCCCUCUACUGAACCUUCCAGUUUGAGUUUCUAAAGAACAGAUUCCCUGGGCGGGGCUAGUCUUUGGGUGACCGCCGAAGACAGCAAGCAUACCCAUGGAACUGUUGAGCUUCAGAGUUUGAAAGGAUUUCACCGGAGUUAAUGACAGGAGAAGGGGGAGAAGCUGGGUCCCAGGUAGUGGGUUAUCCUUAACAUUUAGCUUCAGCUGUUUGUGACUGGCUGUUCUAACAGCUUUUUCUCUGGGAUUGCUACAAAUUAUGCUCUGCAUUCGGCUGCCACAAAUUUGAUGUUUACAGACAGACACACAGUGUGUAAAUGUGUGCAUUUGCAAAGAGGUGUCAUAAAAACACUGAUAAGGAGGCAGUACAUUCAGUGUUUAUGGGAGGAAAGAAAGAAAGAAGGAUGGGGGCGGGGAGCGCAUGUAAUUACAGAUGAGGUCACAUCAGUGACCCUCACACUGUGAGGAAAUUAAAAUUGCCUGGAGAACUUGGUGAGACCUGGAAGCCUGGGCCCAUCUCCAAAGUUUCUGAGUCAGCAGGUCUGGGGUAGGAACCGAGAAUCCACGUCUAAUAGUUUACAGGGGAUGCUGACAAUGCUGGUCCGGGGACCACAUUUUGAGAAUCACCGGGUUUAAACCUCUCCAUACCUGCCGACCCUCAACCCCCAGUGGAAAAGCCAGCCUUGGGGGCUGAGAUUUCAGUGCAAGUUCAGACUCUUGCCCAAGAUAUCAAUUCUCAAUCAGUUGACAGAUGUCCUGGCUGAACAAAAUCACAUGAUGAAGGAGAUUAAUGAAAAAUUUAAAUCAGCAGCCAGUUUUCAUUUCUGAGAGGGCAGGCAGGAAAGUGUUACCAAAAAAUGCACAGGUAUCAGCAGGUCUAUAUCCAGGUUAAAAAGUGGUUUUCUGUCCUUUCUGUGACCAACCAAGUACAAUCAGACUCCAUCGUCAGCAUUCCCUGACAUGUAUGUUUUCUGGGAAAGUAAG